CACCUCUAUAUAAUAAAUAAUUUCUUUUUCUCCACUUUCUUCCACACUUUUUCCUGUUCGUUUCUAGGGGAUAGGAGGCGAAAAUUGGAUUUUGUUCUGUCUUCUGCGAACAGGAAAAUUUAAGAUGGAGCAAAAUGACGCAGGCUGCCAAGCUCCUCAAGCUCCUACCCUUUGUGUUAACAAUUGUGGGUUUUUUGGAACUGCAACAACAAUGAACAUGUGCUCAAAGUGCUACAAGGACAUGAUGUUUAAGCAAGAACAAGCUGAACUUGCUGCUUCAUCCAUUGAGAGCUUUGUGAAUGGAAGUUCAAGCGCCACUGCAAAAGCUGUUGAUGUUGCUGUGGGGGUUCAGGAAGGUCCAGCAGAGUCCCUGGUAAUACCCAAACAAGUUGUAUGUGUACCACCAGAGAACGAUAAUGUAGAGAAGGCUAAAGUGGGGCCAAACCGGUGCAAUACCUGUAGGAAACGAGUUGGUUUGACUGGCUUCAAUUGCCGAUGUGGGCAUCUUUUCUGCUCAGCCCAUCGCUACUCUGACAAGCAUGACUGUCCCUAUGAUUAUCACAAGGCUGCUCAAGAUGCUAUUGCGAAAGCCAACCCAGUUGUUAAGGCUGAAAAGCUUGAAAAAAUAUAAUGGAAGAUUCUGAGUUUAUGAGCUGAUGAGCUGCAGUAUUAUCAAAGUUGUCUUCUACAUCCGUGGGGCUCUCAGUUGACGACUGUUGUUUGGUGCCUAGGAUUACAAGGGGUUGGGAGAAAGAAGCAUAAGGCAUCCUGGAAUCGAGCAAGGAAUGUUGUGGUUACAUCUUUAGUGCUUGUUUGUGCUUGUGAUGGACAUUUAUUUUGGGUUAUCUUUCGAUUUAGUGAUUCCAAUUUAAUAACAUAAAAGUUGGGGUUCGUUUUAAGUAUAAAGAAGUUUCUUUCUAACAAA